GAUUGUCGGAUUAACAAACUUGAACCCUGCAACUUGGAUGACAUGAGCAUGGGCAUGAGCAUGUGAGAUGGCACGGCAUCGCAGCCUCGCCGGCUUCAGCCUCGAAUAACCAGCCGAUUAACAAACCAGAAAUUGCUGCUGCUGCUGCUGCAAUGGCUCCUCAUGUGAUUGAUCUGAUCUCUUCAAGCCCUCCGUUGCCAGCCAGUCUUGGGCCACCAGCAACAGAAGCAGCAGAAGCAGCAGCAGCUUAUUCCUCACCGUCACUGCCACUGUCGAUAAUUGCGACUGAUGGAGACCGAAAUCAACGCAGACGGCCUCAUUCACCGCAACUGUUUGUUUCCUCCGAAUUCGACUUUGCCUUUGACAUCACCGACAAUGAACCUGCCCGCCAGGAUACCAGAAACGCAAAGCGGCCGAGAAUCUCCAAAUCACCACCUCGUUCACCAUCUCGUAUGCCUGCCAAUCCUCCUCGAGCAGCUCCGCCUCCUUUUCUCAGCACCACCAAUAACAGGCCGAGCCGAUUGGAAUUCGACCCAAUCGAAUUCACGAGCUCCAUCGACCCAGACACUCCCAUAGUUCAGCACAACGCCAACAAUGCCGGUUCACGUUUCGCUCAGCCUCAGCCCGCACAGACAAACAAGGCGCAUCCGGAGAUAUCCUUGAACUCUGAUCCCUUUGCCAGCUCCCCUCCUCCAACAAGUCUUGUUGCUCCAGAAGAACGAGCAAAGAAACGCAAGACUACGACCAUCAUAACUGACGAAUUCUCCGAUCCCUUUGCAAGCUCUCCGCUUCCUCCGGUUCUGGCUCCUCCUCCUCCGCGUGAGCCUCACAAGCCAAAAGAACAACCAGAGUCACUGUGUCAGAAAGUCAACGUUGACGAGUUCUCGGAUCCGUUUACCAGUUCACAAGAUUUCAACCUUCUUCUGCCUAUCAAUGCCUCCACCCCUCGCAGAGCGGCAUCUGUAGAGAUUGUUGAUUACUCUCGGAGACAGAAGCACUGGGAUCCGAUUUCCAGUUCUGCUCCAGAGAAAACCCCACGAGUGUCGUCACCGAAGAAAGCGACCACUGCCGGACCAGCUGUCAUUAACAUCGACUCGGAUUCGUCAGGUACAUCCGAGGAUGAGUUUCCAGACAUUGCCGAUUUCAACGCCUCUCAUCCCAGGCCCCGUCCUCGCUCUCCCAUUCGCCGCUCUCGUAGUGACAUUGUCUCCUCACGGAGUAGCAGACCCAAACAAUCAGCUACAAGCACGAUAGCUGCAAGAACAGCAGAGCAGCGAGCCCGUGAUAAGGAGGCUCAAGCAGCUGCCAAAGCCGUCGAAAAAGAGCGAAAACGGCAAGAGAAAGAACAGCUCAAAGAGGCCAAAGCUCUAGAAAAGGAGCGCGCUGCUGCACUGGCAGAGGUGAACAAAGUUCGCACAGACAAAAAGGUUUCGACGCCGGAAAUGAUUCUCAUCAUGCCAUCAAGCGUAAAUGAAGGACUAAAAGUACAAUUGGAGACGCUGUUGGACGGGUUAAGCGUAGAAUAUACCACCCGGGAGAGUCCCAUUGGCAACGCUUUCAAGUGGGCUAGAAAGGUCCGGAGCCGUUUCGAUGAUGAGAUGGGCCGCUGGGAACCGAUCCCGCUACAGAUCAAGUCCGAGAAGCACGUACUGAUACUGCUCACGGCAGAUGAGUUUGUUGACAUGGCCGUCAGUGACUCUGUAGACUCCAACGUUUCUCGAACAAAGAGGCACUUUCCCGGCCACGAAUUGAUAUACCUUGUCGAAGGAAUUAACCUCUGGGUGAGGAAGAAUCGCAACAUCCGAAAUCGCAGAUUCACAUCUGGCGUGCGCGCACAAGAACAGCCGGAUUCCGAAGCAAGAGCAACAGCAGCAUCGACCACACCCGCUCCCCGUAGACGCCGUAACAACGCUGCUGUCGAGGAGUACAUUUCCGAAGACAUUGUCGAAGACGCAAUGCUACGGCUGCAAGUCGAGCAUGACGUUCUAAUCCAUCACACAGCAGUGCCGUUGGAAACUGCGCAAUGGAUCGUCGCCUUUACGCAGCACAUAUCGACCAUUCCGUACAAGAAGAUGCGGGACAAGAUGACCUCUGCGGCGGGCUUCUGCAUGGAGAGCGGACAGGUUCGCACUGGCGACGAUGCGCGCGAUACGUACGUUCGCUUGCUGCAGGAGAUUGCGCGCGUUACGGCACCGAUUGCCUAUGGAAUCGUCUCGGAGUUUGGUACUGUGAGCGAGCUUGUUAGGGGGCUUGAGGAGGGAGGACCGUUGAGGCUGGAGAAUGUGCGGAAGAGUGCGAACAAAGAUGGUGCAGUUUCGGAUAGAGCGGUGGGACAGGCUGUGAGCAGGAGAAUACACAAGGUCUUUACGGGGAGGGAUGAGAUGAGUACGGAUGUAUGAUUUAUGAUGAGACGCAGGAUUUUGGUCCUCUUUUUUUUUUGUGUCGCGAUGAUUUUAGUAGACGUGGACAUAGGAAUAUUCCAUGUAUAGGAUAGUUUACCUCUCAAGAGGGUUGAGGAUGGCACAGGUAUACAACACCAUGAGAACAAUUUACGAUUCAAAGACCCAAGUCACAGGCAAGCAUGCAUGAAGGAUCAAGGUACAAGAAAAAAAGAAGGUAGAGGUAUCAAAGAGGUAUCAUAUUCUAUUUGUCUAUCUAUUUGUAUCGAUUCAUCAAGUUUCAUGCGUUUCAUGUGAGAUCUAAUCGUGUCCAAGUUAGCAAAAGGACACACACCAUGAUGCGCAAACAUGAAAAGUGUUGAGAGGUGAAUUGUCAGACAGCGGUUGGACAAAAUAUUUUCCACAUUGUGUUUUUCAGAACAGGUCUGUGAGUUAUUUGUUGUAUCAUCACAAAAUGAUGUGUAGGGCAGC